UUUAUAGAAUUAACUUGAUUACUCAGUCUCAGUAAAAAAAAAACCGCAAGAUGUUCAUAACAGAUAGCAUGAUGCGACUGCUUGGUGGGUCGCUAUUUUUAGCGGUGGUUUGCUUUGCCCAACAACCAUUUCCUCGGCUCUCCGUUGGCAAUAAUUUGGAGGCGCUAACUCCACAAGCUGCAUUCCGACCUAAUAACGAUCCCAGUUAUGCAUUGCGUUCCGAAUUCAACGUUGACACGCUGCGUAAAAUUUCACUAGGUGCUCAGCAGUUUGGACUGGAUCUAUUAUAUCGCAUCUCAACCCAAGUUGAAAAGGCCAAUAGGGAUUUUAUGAUAUCACCAUUUUCGGUAUGGUCGCUAUUACUAAUGCUGUUCGAAGGCUCUGGGGGCGCGACAUAUGACCAACUGCGUCAAGUACUUCGCAUCAAUGUCGAUGCUGAGGACUUGCGAGCCGUUUAUCGCAUUUGGAGUACAUAUCUGAAUGUGAAUACCAGCACUAUUGAAGUGGCUUCGGUUCAAGCUCUAUAUACGGAUAAGAGUUCCCCGAUUAAGAGCAGUUAUCGGGAAGCGGUGCAGUCAUACGGAGUACAGCCCGUCGAGGUGGACUUCUAUGAACCAGAAACGGUUGCUCUCAUCAAUGACGCAUCCAAUCGCAACACCCGUGGCCUCAUACCCUACACAGUGUUGCCACAACAAAUAGUUGGCGCCAAGAUGUUCAUGCUAUCUUCCCUCUUCUUCAAAGGUCAAUGGAAGUAUCCCUUCAAUGAGUCUGCCACACGCAUGGAACCCUUCCACGACGAAUCUGGUGCAGUUAUCACCCAGGUGCCGAUGAUGGUGCAGGAGGGAAACUUUGCAUAUGUUACAAAUUUGCAGGGAUUGGACGGUUAUGUCCUGGAGCUGCCGUAUGGCACACAAGAUCGUCUAUCUAUGAUUAUUGUGCUGCCGAAGCGGGGAUUCAAGCUCAACGAUAUUGCGGCUAAUCUACAGGAAUUGGGUCUGGGUCCGAUUCUUGAGCGCAUUGCCAAGUUUAGACGUGAGGCGCCCGAAGAUAACGAGGUGGAAGUUCUAAUGCCCAAGUUCGUGACAACAACAGACUUUAAAUUGCAAUCAACACUCCGCGAUAUGGGCAUUCGGGAUAUCUUUGAUGAAAGACUCUCAAAUCUAAGCAGGAUGGGUGACGGUUUAUUUACCAAGUUCUGUGUACACGCAACCAAGAUCAUUGUGGAUGAGAGGGGAACCACAGCAGGAGCUGUAACAUCCGCUGCGCUUAGCAAUAAGUCAACGCCGCCAAAAUACCAGUUGGAUAGACCUUUUCAAUAUAUGAUUGUGGAGAAGUCGACAAAUCUGCUGCUCUUCGCCGGUCAAGUGAGGAACCCAAAGGCGACUUAAGCUCUGUCUGUUUAUUAAUGUCAUAACUUAAAUAAAAUCUUAAAAGAGGCGCCAGCUCAUUUCUUCGCUCGGCCCGUUGCCUUUUUGCCACCAA